CGGAAGACAAAACAAAAGCUGUGCUGCUGUAGUCCUUGUAAAGAAUAUAUACCUGGAUUUCAGGUUUGUACACUGAAAAUCACGCAAAUAACUAUUUUCAUGAAUCGGAAUAUUUUACAACAAGGUCGAUUAACUUUGUGUUGAGUUUGAAGUCCGUAUUUUUCGAGUUAUUAACUUUUGAAAACUCCUUUGUUUGUUCCGCGCCAAACGGCAUUAGUGUUAGAUGGCAGUUGUCCCGUUCGCUUAGUAUAUUAUUGUGGAAACACACACAUUGUAGCAGUGGCGGCUCGCCUAUAGAAGGCGCUGGGGCGCCGUCCUCCCGCCGACCUGCCUCCCUGUUAUCUUUCUUUUUUUAGAUAUAGAUAUUUUUAUAAUCUCUCAUUUUGAGAAAUCUAUGUUAAUUGCAUUCGAAUAAUGCAUUUACUUUAGAAUAUCUUUAUAACAUCGUCCACUGCAUGUUACUGCACAUUUACCUCAGAGAUGAGCAACAUGGCGACUUCGAGUACUGCUACCACUGUCUCCCUGGGAGUUCAGCUAGCCCCAAAUUCAGUUAAGUCUUUACUUAUGAAUCCCUUCGAAGGAAGAACAUUUGCAGAAAAACUGCAAGUAAAAGAACUCGGACCAGACAAGCCAGAAGUGAACAUAACCCAACAAGCAAGAGAAAAGGAUAGAGCCUACAAGAGAAGUUUUUCCAGAGGUUGGUUCGAUCGAAAGGCUUGGCUAACUAGCUGUGGGUAUGCCAAUGCAAUUUUUUGCUUUCCUUGUAUACUUUUUAAAACAACUACGUGUGAUAGUUCGUGGACACAGACAGGGGUGACAGACAUGAAACAUCUGUCAGAACGGAUAAAAAAACACGAGCGAGCAAGAGUGCAUAUGAACAACUGUGUGAAGCUAGCCAUGCUAGGCCGAAUUAGCAUAGCCGCACAGCUAGAUGAGGGACACCGCAUUGCUGUAAGAAGGCACAAUGAGGAGGUAGACAGGAAUCGUCAUAUUUUGUCAAAGAUCAUCGAUGCUGUGAAAUUUUGUGGUGCCUUUGAACUUGCUCUGCGUGGUCACGAUCAGAGUGACGCAUCAGAAAAUCCAGGCAUUUUCCGAGGUCUAAUUGAUCUCAUGGCCUCCAUUGACCAUGAGUUGGAGGUGCACCUGGAAAACGCCACCGUUUUUAAAGGCACUUCGAAGACCGUGCAAAAUGAACUGUUGGACUGCAUGUUGUCAGUUCUCAGAGACUGCGUUUUGGAAGAGGUGAAACAAGCAGACUACAUUGCCAUUCAGGCAGACGAGACAACCGAUGUCUGCACUCAUUGCCAGCUUGUGUUUGUGAUAAGGUACAUAGAUGGCAAGAAUAACAUCAAAGAACGCUUCUUUGAGUUCAUUGCGCUUCCAAAUUCGACUGCUGAGACGAUUGCCGCUGCGCUUUUGGAAAGGCUGAGCACCAUCCUUCCCGCAGGACAAGAGAGAAAACUAAUUGCCCAGGCCUAUGAUGGUGCCGCAGUGAUGAGGGGUGCUACAGGUGGAGUGCAACGUGAAGUUCAAGAUGUCUACGGGAGUGCCUACUACGUUCACUCUUAUGCGCAUCAGUUGAACCUCAUCAUGCAGCAGGCAACAUCCCAUAUUACGAAGGUUGGACAGUUUUUUUCAGACAUUGGGGGGUUUUCUUCUUUUUUCCACAAGUCAUUCAAACGAACGGCAGUGCUUGAUGAAGUGGUGGGUCGACUCCCAGGUGCUUCACCAACGCGAUGGAACUUCCAAGGUCGUGCUGUUAACACAGUUUACGACCACAAAGAUGAACUGGUUGAGUGCUUCCAAACCAUUCGAGACAGAGGAGACUUUGAUGCCAUAUCGAAGAGAGAGGCCGGGGGUUUAUUGAGAAUGUUGGAAGACGAGGCUUUCUGUUUUUUCCUGGCAUUAUUUCACAAAAUCAUGCCACAUGUAGACAAGCUGUUUAACCAGCUGCAGAAGAGGAACAUAGACACUGUCUUCAUCGCCGGGAUCACCCAGAAGUUCACUCAAAGCAUACAAGCCAUCAGGGACACUGUUCCUUAUCAGGUUAAGGAAGAGUACUAUGAGGGACCUAUACAGGGACCACCCCCGCCGAAACGGAGGGCAAUGGGAGAAGAAACACAACAGCACCUGGCAUUAGAGAUCUGUGACACCAUUAUAUGCCAUGCCAAGGAGAGGUUUUCUUUCACAAAGCAUCUCAUCAGUGCUACUCUGUUGCAAGGUGACUUGUUCCCACAACACAGCAGAAAGUUCCCAGAUUCAGCACUGGAAACCACGGUGGAUGCCUAUCCCAUGUUGGACAAAGCCAGACUUAAAACAGAACUGUCCCUGAUCUACGAGCAUGAGGACUUCAAGGGCUGCAGUGGAGCACUGGCUCUAUUUCAGGUUCUAAUGGGAAAUAACCUGCAAGACACAUUCAGCGAAACUGUUAGUCUUCUCAAGAUCCUCAUCACCACACCAAUGUCAACAGCAGAAUCAGAGAGAUGCUUCUCCACCUUAAAGAGGAUAAAGACUUUCCUUAAGAACACUAUGGCACAAGAUCGCUUCAAUGCUCUGGCUAUGCUAUCUAUAGAGAAAAAACUCACUCGGGACAUUCCAGAUUUCAAUAAAAGGGUUAUUGAGAAAUUUGCCACUCAGAAAGACAGACGAGCAAAGUUCCUAUACAAGUAAGAGUUUUCCAAGUGUUCUCUUACUAGACACACACACACACACACCCUCCUUCCCGUGAGGUGGACACUGGUUGCAGACCCUCACAACCCCCCGACCUCUCCUCCUUCCCGUGAGGUGGACACUGGUUGCAGACCCUCACAACCCCCCGACCUCUCCUCCUUCCCGUGAGGUGGACACUGGUUGCAGAUCCUCACAACCUCUCCCCGCCCCUUUCAAGUGUACAUACUGUAGAUAGUUCUCUGCAAACCUGUGGUGGCAUCAGGCCUUCAGUGUGCAUGCAUAUUGUACUGUAUGUAGUCCUUUGCAAACCUUUGUUUGUAUCAUGCCUUAAGUGUGUCUUGAACAACCACUCACAAAAGCUUGCACAUUUCCAUGAAUUUUGUGGAAUUCAUAUUUCAUUGUAUUUGUCUAAAUGCAUACUAAUGCAGAAUGUAGAUAUAUUUAUGGGUGAACACACACACACACACACACACACACACACACAUUCUGUGUGUGUAAUUCACCGUUUUUGUUGAUGUAUUUGCACUCUUAAUGUUGCUGAAUUCUACAAGGCAAAUAAAUUAACUUAAAUCUUAGUUCCCUGGCCCCAUUCGUCUUUGUAAGUAAAUGUUCUGUUUUUUUAUUUUGUCAGAAUGCUUCAUUUGUUUGUGAAAAUCACAAAGAAAUCUUCUGGGGGAGGUUGCCCCCAGACCCCCCUACAGGGGUUUGGAAUGCAAACAUUCAGCCCCACCUAAAAUGAAUUCCACCAGCGGCCACUGCCUUGUAGAGUAUGCUUAAGUUUACUUUGGCCCUGAACACCUGACGUACAUGUUUACGAAUAUAUUUAAUGUGAUUAAGAGGUAGAUGACGUUACGAUAGGAUAUUUUAAGAAUAUAAUAUAUAUAGUAUAAGAAAAGUGUAGAUAUGUUUGAUAUAAAAUGUUUAGUUGGUCUGUUAGGCAGACAAAUCAUCCAUUGUAGUUCAGGCAGUGGUUUAAGGUAAGGUGCUGUUUAUGGUUUUAUUGUGGUUUAAAGCCAAAGUAUGUUAUUUCUAUUAUAGGAGCAGAAUUGCACUGUGAGAUAGCUCGAAACAACCAGCGAAUAAGCUGAAACAGGCACUUUAACUUUAAUGUGGAUUUUGAUAAAAAGGAGUUCUGUAUUGAUUUUAAGGUGAACUAAGAGUGGAGAGAAACGGUACAUGGGAGCCUCACUUUUUGUUGCACUUUUUAUGUUUUAUUUGCAAAGAGAACUUACAAAGGAAUAAUAGACAAUUUAACAGGCACUUUAACGAGGGAAGAGUUUAUAUUUAUUUAUUUUAUUUUAUUUAUUGAUGUGUUACUCGUGAUAAUUAUGAAAUAAAGAGACUGAUUUCGGAAGACGAAACAAAAGCUGUGCUGCUUCAGUCCUCGUAAAAAUAUAUACCUGCUUUUGAGAAAACCGGUCUCAUCAUCUACUUGUUUUCACCGUCCUGGCCACUUGGGACCGGUGACACACACACAGGGAGAGAGUGAGCUGCACUAUUCAUACCUAAAUACCACUAAGGGCACCUUCACCACACACAGGGAGUUAGUGAGUUGCACCAUUCACUUAAAGUGGGACUUUCAAGUUGUAUGCUCAAAAUGGGACGGAAUAAGAAAAGUCGAGGAGCUUACUUUGUAGAAGAGUAGAAUGAAAUUGAUGGCAAAGGCCACGAAAAGCGCCAGGAACCGGAGGUUGUAGAAGUUUCUAGCAAGGUAAUUCUGUGAACAUUGUGUGGAAAGAACAAACACAGAAGUGCCAUUGAUGUAAAGAUCAAUUCAUCAAUCCAUAAUAUUUUUGUGUACUGCUCUAAUUGAAACAUAAGGCCAGGAUUCCUGGGUGUCUGACCAGCAUCUUGGUCUGGUAGAUCUCCAGCCCUGCGAGGAAGCUAGCGGUGAAGGCCUCUGGUGGUUCUCUCUUCAGACCAGGUCUUUUCUUGGGGAAUCUCUUCUCCUCCGGGGACGAUCCCUUGGGGGUGUCCUCCUUGGACUUGUCCUGGUCCUUCUUCUCUCCGGUCUCCCAGCUGGAGAGACAAACCCACGUAGUGUUUUUGUUAGCACAGAGCCAGAUUAGCAGUUAUACAGUACCCAUUUACUAAUUUACUAUGGAAUUAUCAAUAAGCUAAAUUACUGUUGAAUUUAAUGACUAAAUAAUAGUCUCCACUUAUCUACAAUGAGACUAGCACCCGAAAAAAGCCUUUUAGGCUUAAUAAUUGUAUAAAGCCUUAAAUCACUCCCCCCACUCAAAGUAUUUACUAAAUCCUGUUAUGUAGCCGCGAGGCCAGGAUGACUGUGUUCAUACGAGAAAUCAAAUCAAUGUGUGUAAUCCCAUUAAGGAAGGUCCUGUUAAGUGCACUCACUCCGAGUUCUCAGAGUCCCCUUUGUAGUCGCCGUUGGUCACUCUCUUCUUCGCCGCUUCCUUAAAAGCAAACGAUAUUGCGCCGUUCAUCAGCUUGUCGUGAAACACUGUAUUUAAUUAAAACCUGGAAGACACUCAACGUGGAACAAGUGUUUGCAUCAUAAAGGUUGGACGACUGUUA